ACGGCUCUGGCCGGCCGUUCCCACCCUCCACCACGUCCUUCAGAGACCGUCAAACAAUAGUCCAGCCCGGGUCUUGGAAGCCGAACUCGCCGCUGUGGAUGAGCUCGUAGAGUUGUUCAUCGUCAGGGAAAUGUGGCAUCUGAACAGAGCCUCUGGCCGGGAAGGUAACAGUCAGAAGGAUUAACCGUCUCCAGACCGAGUGGCCUGAAGGUCCCGCCCUUUGUCGUGCAAAUGAGGAGGGCGCAGGGCCCCUCGGGGCGGCGCUCGCCCGGGACGAAGUUUCUCAUCGCUUCUCCGCGACUUCUUCCCACUUGGAGCUCGGCGCGGGAUGGUUAGAUCCCUCCAAAGACUCCCCUGCUAACCUGGAGGAAUGCUGAGAAACAACUUGUCCUCAAGAGUUCCCAGUGCCCCAAACCUGGCGUUGGGGACAACCGAGGAGCCUGAUGGGCACAGCACGUGUGACAGCCAGGCCCGUGGCGGCCUCGGAGGUGAAGGGCUGCAUGUGGGGCCGGGGGACACAGAUGCGCACGUGGGUCUAAACACCCCUGCCCUGUGGCAUCGGGCUCCCAGCCCUGAGAACAUGACAACAGCCCAGAACGGCCAUGGGCGAGUUGCUGCAGUCCCCUCUUCGGUCUCUGAUUCUAAAGACCCCAAAAUGGUGACUUACCCAGCGUAUCAGAAUGGGGGCUGCAGCAGCAGCCGCAGCAGCGAUGCGGAAGCCCAGGAGGCCAGACUCAGCCCUGCCAAGCUCGUGCGCCUCUUCUCCGUGAGUCGGAGGAGGACGGGCGCCAACCCCGAGAGGCCCCGCUCCAUGGUCCUGAUGGGAAGUUCCUCCACCUGGAACGCCCUUGCCUCCUUUCGGAAAAUGGGAUCUUUUAAAAAAUUGAAGUCUUCAGUCCUUCAAGGAAUUCAGAACCGAGAGGGGUCAGAGGCGGCAAAGGAAGAUGCCUCAGAACGUGACCUGGGAAAAGCCAUCGCAAACGGUGCUGCCGUCGGAAUCCAAGCGAGCAGGUGCCCUUCCUCGGGACGGGCGAGCGCCGCCCACAAGCCGGGGCCGGGGGCCGCGUCGGACUGCUCCGACCCCGAGGAGGCCGACGACGCCUUCCAGAGGAGCACCCACCGGUCCCGCAGCAUCCGCCGCGCCUACGGCCUGGGCCGCAUCAGCCUCCUGGACGCGGAGCAGCAGCAGGGGGCACACGUCCGGCCCCUGUCCCCAGUCACCCGGGAGCCCACGAUGUGUGAGAUUCUAGUGAAAGACUCUGAGAAUAACAGCAUCGUCUAUAGGAGAAGCAAGAGCACGGACAACCUCAACUUUCUGAAGAAAAGCUCCUUCAAACGGAAGUCCACCUCUAAUCUCGUGGACCUCAGGGUGGCGCCUGAAAAGCAAGCGCCCCAAAGGACGCUAAGCAGCUCCUCUGCUGACUCCGAAAAGUGCGGUGGGUCAGAGAGAAGGACGAAACGCUGGAAGAGUCCCAUCAAGGCCAAGGACUGGGACCGAGUCCUGGACGCGGCCUGCAGGAGGGAGGGCCGCAGGGGCGAGGCGCCGUGGGCCGGCGAGGCUGACCCGCGCCUGCGGCCGCGCAGCAGGCUGCACGACGACUACUCCCGCCGCGAGUCCUCCAGCGCCGAGCGCCAGCGCAGCCGGGGCGCCGCCCCUGCCCAGGGUCCCCACGUGGACGUGGAGAAUGCCGUGUUUCCUCUUGAAGCCCAAGGCUCCCGGACGUCGGGAAGUGUCGGCCCCGGGGCUGGCAGCCCCUCGCCGAGCUCCGUUGCCCAGGAAGUGUGGAGCAAAGACUCCGAUGAACCACCGCUUGGCAGCCGGUUGACAUUCGUACCCGAGCAGCCUCUCACUCCUCUACGGCCCACCACCCCCAAGCCCCCUAGCCCUCAGAGCCCAGGCGCAGGAAAUGCCAAGUGUCCGAACAAUCGCAGUGCGCUGUCCCUGAGUUCAGUGGACAGUGAAGAAAGGGCAGAGGGUCCUGCUCAGAAGGAGCAAGGUCCUCUGUUCUUCCAGGUUUCGGUGCCAGCCGCGUGUGACAAAAGCAGUGAGGACCGCAGUGCCGGCAGCCUCCCUCAGCUGAGCCGUGCUGGGACCGCAGGUCCAGAAGAAAAGGAGGAGGAGGUUGUUACUGAGGAAUCCUGGAGGCGGGGCUCAUCACAGGAGGAAGAAAGGACUGAGGCUCAGAGGAUCACCAGGAGGAGAUGGGGUUCUGGGAGAAGGUCAAGGCCUCGACCGCUCUCCGAUUAUGGUCAGUUGGCCAGCCGAAGUUUGUCUAUUCCUGAAGACUCAAUUGCUGUAGACCCCCAGAAAGAGGACAUUGUGGACGGUGACCACCAGCCACGCAUGGCCUCCACGGACCCUGCAGACCGGAACCCUGCCGUAGACUGCCCCAAAGGAAGCCGGAGAAGACGCCCUAUCUCUGUGAUAGGUGGGGUCAGCCUCUAUGGGAACAGCCAGGCAGAGGAAAUAGAGAAUCUUCUAGCCCAACCGGCAACCAGGCCGCCCGUGCCCGCUCACCAGGUGCCACCUUACAAAGCGGUUUCGGCCCGAUUCCGGCCGCUCACCUUUUCCCAGAGCACACCCAUUGGGCUGGACCGCGUGGGACGCCGGCGGCAGAUGAGAGCAUCCAACAUUUCUUCAGAUGGAGGUACUGAGUCCUCUGCCUUAGUGGAUGACAAUGGCAGUGAGGAGGACUACAGCUAUGAAGACCUGUGUCAGGCCAACCCCAGAUACCUGCAGCCAGGCGGGGAGCAGCUGGCCAUCAACGAGCUGAUCAGCGAUGGCAGCGUGGUCUGCGCAGAAGCCCUGUGGGACCACGUGACCAUGGACGACCAGGAACUGGGCUUCAAGGCGGGAGACGUGAUCCAGGUUCUGGAAGCUUCUAACAAGGACUGGUGGUGGGGCCGGAACGAAGAUAAGGAAGCCUGGUUCCCCGCCAGCUUUGUCAGAUUGCGAGUCAAUCAGGAGGAGCUGUCGGAGAAUUCCAGCAGCACCCAGGGCGAGGAGCAGGAGGAGGAUGCGGACCAGAGCCACCACAGGCACUCCGAGAGCAAGCGCCAGAUGAGGACCAACGUCAUCCAGGAGAUCAUGAAUACCGAGCAGGUGUACAUCAAGCACCUCAAGGACAUCUGCGAGGGAUAUAUUCGACAGUGUCGCAAGCACACAGGAAUGUUCACUGUUGCACAACUAGCCACCAUUUUUGGAAACAUUGAAGAUAUUUACAAAUUCCAAAGAAAGUUCUUGAAAGAUCUUGAGAAACAGUACAAUAAAGAAGAACCUCAUUUAAGUGAAAUAGGAUCCUGUUUUCUUCAACAUCAAGAGGGCUUUGCGAUCUAUUCCGAGUACUGUAACAACCAUCCGGGCGCCUGCGCGGAGCUGUCCAGCCUGAUGAAGCAGAGCAGGUACCGGCACUUCUUCGAAGCCUGCCGCCUGCUCCAGCAGAUGAUCGACAUCGCCAUUGAUGGCUUCCUCCUCACGCCGGUGCAGAAGAUCUGCAAGUACCCUCUGCAGCUGGCGGAGCUGCUCAAGUACACCACACAGGAGCACAGUGAUUACAACAACAUAAAGGCGGCGUACGAGGCCAUGAAGAACGUAGCCUGCUUGAUCAAUGAGCGCAAACGCAAGCUGGAGAGCAUAGACAAGAUAGCUCGGUGGCAGGUGUCCAUCGUGGGCUGGGAGGGCCUGGACAUUUUAGACCGAAGUUCCGAGUUGAUCCAUUCUGGGGAGCUGACGAGAAUCACUAAGCAAGGCAGGAGCCAGCAGCGGACCUUCUUCCUGUUUGACCACCAGCUCGUGUCCUGCAAGAAGGACCUGCUGCGCAGAGACGUGCUCUAUUACAGAGGCCGCGUGGACAUGGACGACGUGGAGCUCGAGGACCUGGAGGACGGGCGGGACAGGGACUGCAACCUCAGCCUGAAGAACGCCUUCAAGCUCGUCAGCAAGACCACGGGCGAGGUGCAUCUGUUCUGUGCCAGAAAGCAAGAAGACAAGGCGAGGUGGCUGCAGGCCUGCGGGGAUGAGAGGAGGCGGGUGCAGGAGGACCGGGAGAUGGGAAUGGAAAUUUCAGAAAAUCAAAAGAAGCUCGCCAUGUUAAAUGCUCAAAAGGCAGGACAUGGAAAAUCAAAAGGCUACAGCGGGUGCCCCGCGGCCCCACCGCACCAGAGCUUGCAUCCCGUACACCAGCGUCACGUCACCGUGCCCACCAGCGUCCCCCAGCAGCAGGUCUUUGCCCUGGCAGAACCCAAGAGGAAGCCCUCGCUGUUCUGGCACACCUUCAAUAAACUCACCCCUUUCAAGAAAUGAAGCAGAGGGCGGUGCUUCUGCUGAGGUGGACGUGGAGAGGAGAACUUUUCUUGUUUCUUCUGUGCAAAGUCCAAGGAAAGUAUGUUGGACCCAGUGCUGAGAACUUCUUUGGGGAUCAGUGAAGAAGAGAAGGAUUUGGACUCACCUUCAGUCUUCAGAGACCCAGCUGCCUCCUCGGAUGGAAGGAGAAGCUCAUGACGGACGUCUUUAAUGCACACGAGAGCCCUCUGUGGCCUAUGCUGAGAUGGCCAGGACUUGGGAACCAGUGAUGGGCUCUGACUGCGUGCUGAGCAGUGACCCCGUGAGCCUCGCGAUGACGAGCCCGCUCGCUGCUGCAGGUCAGGCGCGGGGUGCUAGGGGCCCCUCGGUUCCUGGGGGAGGACCAGAUGAGCAUGGCGCGCUUGCGUUUGGUUUUGCAGGGAGUGAUCGUGAUGGGGCUGGUGCGACCCUGCCUCUCACCAGCACUGUGAGCUGCUCCUCUCUCCACAGCAUUGGGGGCAGUGCAGGUGCCCUGGUGUUCCCUGGUGUCGUCUGAAUCUAUGCAGUGGCCAAAUGGUAGUGCAGGCUUCCUCUUGCCAGGUUCCUGCCCCUACAGGCUAGAGGGAAAAACAGGAUGCACUGGUUCUGUGGCGGUGAGGUCUGCAAUGGGGAGGGACUUACACCUUUAAAGAUACUGUUGCUUUCAAGGGAGGGAGUGGAAAAUCCUACUGCAAGCCAGAUGUGUCCUUUUCAAGUCAGGAACUCUCCUGCCCGUGUGCACUAGGUAACUCCAUGAGCAGAAAUCAUGUCUACUCGUAUGUCAUAACCUAAGAAACUCUAUUCAGGCAUAUCUGUUUGCCAUAUAAAAACCCAUCUUCUUUAAUUUUAUGAUACAGUGAAUAUGCAGAUGCACCAGUUGGAAGGCAUUCUUAAAGAGCAUCAAUGUGCCUGUUCCGUCGGUUGUUUCUGGCGUCCUCACCAAUUAAGUUACAGUGACACGUACAUUCCACUGAGAAAGCAUGAGGUUCAGAGCCCUUCAGCUUCCUCAGGAUUUGAAGCCGCUUUGUUGCAUAGACCCACAGCAGCCGUGCUAGCCGACCAUCAUUAGCAUGUCAACAGGUUUCUGAAGAUUGGCUCUUUGUAAAAGAAACCUUAACAAAAUCUAUCUAGACUCAGAGAGAGCAUCUUCUUUAACAAAGGCCACAUGGGCUGAUAUCUGUCAAUAGUAAUCUCCUUGUCUUUGUCUCUAUUGUAAAUUUUGAUAAAACUAACUUUUAAAUAUGUUCAGAGAAGACAACAGACUCUGCAAGAGAGAUGCCAUUCUCAUUUACUGAGUGCACUGGCUGGGGGGUGUAGUAUGGCACCAUUUGUGGUUUUCUGUUUGAGAAUCUCUCUUUUGUGUGCUACUUUCGGAAAGUUCUUUUUUCUAAUAGGCCCAUGCUUGAAAAUAAACAGACCUGGAAUGUCAUAGACACAGGUGUAACCUGCAUCUCCAAGCAGGUGGUUCUUCCACUCUCCCCACUCUCCCCCACACUCAGCUAUUCCUGAAGGAGGUGACAUCAUGCAUCAAGAAGACACAAUCCUGGACCUCUUGGGUGGGCCUUAGAGUGUUCUGUAAAAACUUGUCAGGAAACUUGUCUGUUAAUGACCCUGCUCAGCCACCCUGAUGUGCUCAUUUAUGGGCAGUAUUGCUGGAAGGUUGUGUGACCCUGUGGCCACCCCCCCGGGGUGCUUCUGUGGACCUUCCUACUGAGUGUACCAGAAUAGAGGCUGCUCUGGGGAGGAAGCCUCGCAAGAGGUGCUGUGUCUCCUCGUGCACAAGCACUCGUGCACGCAUGUGUGUAUGUGUGCAUGCUCAUGCACAUGUGUUUCAUUUUUGAAUAGACAUCUCAAUUUUAGUUGCGUUUAUAUAACUGACCUUUUUACUAACAAAAUAUGAUGAUAUAUUUUGAAAACUUUACUUAAUAUCCUUUUCAUGGACCCCUAAGCAAUAACUGCAGGGGUGUUUGUGCUAAAUAUAGUUGUUUGUAUAUACAGCAAUUUUGAACAGUUGGGUUUUUUUUUUUAAUAUAAGAGAAUUACUUUAAGGAAGUAAAGAGAAUUUUUCACUCAUGUUACAUUUUCAGUGAGGAUUGAAUUUGAGUGAAGAACCACUCAGAGGGCUUCCAUUUACUAACGGGCCAUGAAGAAACGCUUUAAGCUCUGUGACCAGUCCUGCUUUCUUUCCCAGCCGAGCCCUACCUUCUGGUUUCCACCUCUCCCUCCGUGGGCUUCCUGCCGGGAGCAGGAAGCUCGGAUGCGGGGGCCUGUGGAGCCCAGUGCUGUCCCGUCAGCUCUGUACAGUGGGAGAGUCACUUGAUCAAAUACCGGUUCUAGCUGGAUCCUGCUUGGAUUUUCAGGUGCUUUAUGUCUAGGUUGGGUUGUGUUACCAAAUGCCUGAGUUCUAUGAAGAGAUGGCUCAAGUGUUCUAAUUUUAGGUUUGCCAAACUUCCUUCUUGAUUUGUCACAUGUCCCACUCGGAAAGAAAGAGCAAAAACAAAGAGCCUCCUGUGUGGAUUAUGUAUGAAUUUCAUGGGGAAUCUCGCUUUCUGUCUGUCUUUCUCUCUUUUCUCUCUCUACAUUGCAUGAUAUGGAUGGACCAAACAAAAAUGAUGGCAUAACAUUUUGAUGAAUUUCACUUAUUCUGUCAUUCAUGUUUCAGAAUUUGUCAACUCUGUUGAAAGACAGUUGAAAUGGCCUCAGGUCAAAAGCACCCUUCUCAAUUUUGAUCACACCUAAAAUGCAUAACAACCUUGCAGUAGAUUAUAAGCAAUCACAAAAUAGAAUAUUUGUAAAAUCCUGGAGAAAUAGCAUUCUUUAUCUUUGUCUUGCAAACUAGAAAAAGAGUGGCAGCAAUCCCAGAGUUCUCCCGGGAUACCAUCUGCUUAGUUUGUUUUCAGUAGAUCUGAUCUCUUUCCCUCGGUGGAUCUGAUUUUGUAGUUGAAAACAUUUCACUCCCAUCCCCACGCUAUUUCUGAAUAUUGUUGUGCCUUUUUAUCCCUAAUCCAGACGAAGACUAACUCCGUGCCUGUGCAGAAAAUCCCCUCAAUCCUACAUUGCUGUUGUCUAGACACAAAGCAAAUGUGCAUUUAAUUCAAAAUCUGUUUCACAAUGGAAAUCUUUUGUAAAAGCCAUGAUCCAGCAUUUCGUCAGCUGGAACUCUAUGUGCCCAAAGUGCUGAUCUCCCCCAACAGAGAUCACCUUGCCUACCGAGCCGGGAUGGAACAGCCUGAUUACUUGGGGCGAGGGAGGAAAUGGCUGUCUCAUUAUUUUGUCGAGGAGAGAAGAAACAGACAUGUCCCUCACGGGACGAUGCCAACAGUGUGCGUAAACGUCCUUUCCUGGCUGACCAGCCAGGGACGCUGGACACAAAUCAACGAGGUCAAACCGCUCAGAAACCGUUGUAAACAGGCUUAACCUGCAAGUUGUUCUCCUUGCUGAAAUGUCACUUGGCUGGUGCUGCUGUUCUCAGGAUGGAGGCAAUGAAGGUGGAGUCCAAAAGACUGUGAAAAAAAUGAGUGGAAACUGAUCUUGAAAAAAACCCAGAAGCUUAAAUAUUUGAUGCAAAUAUACUUGGCUACAACACACUUAACAGUAUUGCCUUUAGUUAUUUUAUAGGCAUUGACAUUGCAUUUAGAAAAUACUUUUCUUUACCUGAUUCUGUAAUUUAACAGUUGGUCUUUUUUUGUAAAUAUUAGCAUCAGUUGUGUUUGCCUUACCUACUUUGCAAGGCUUUCGGUAACCUUUUCCUUCAGUUUUAACUCAUCAAGAUGAUGUUAUCUGUGAGUCUAGUGACAGCUUCCAAGCUGACGGACGAAUAGCUGUUGACAGCUGAAGUGUGUUGUACAAGAUUGCUCUACCUUGAUAUGUAUUUUUGUUGAAUGAAGUUUUUGUAAAAAAAAAAUUAUUUACAAUGUUAUUUGAAUGAUUCCUUGUAAAUGCUGUGAAUGUGCAUUUGCUGUUUUGUAUCUGUAUAUUAAAGUUAAUUUGCCAAA